AUGUCUGCCACAGGGGAUCAAAACCCGAUCCAAGAGGACCGGAAGGCCCCAGUGAGCCAGGAGAGAGCACAGGCCGAGGCGGGAGGUGACCGGGAGGCUGGUGACUCUGGCCCCGACAGUGGCGACAUGGUGCCCGUGGCCGAGGUGGCCGGAGUCACAGGGCCCACGAGAGGCCUCGGGGAGGAGGAGGGUGAGCAGGCGGCAGGCUUGGCCGCAGCCCCUGUGGUCAGGAACCCCGAGGAAGACUCAGAGAUCAGGAUAGUAGUGGAGAUGGUGGAAGAGGAGGAGGAGGAGGAGGGGAAUGAGGCGGGCAACUUUGAUUUGGUCGCGGCCACCCGUCGCUACCCCAUAAUAGGCUUUCGCGUGGAGUUUCUGGACAUGGUCCACUCCCUUCUCCGCCGCAUCUAUCACAACGACCACAUCCUGAUCGGGAUGCGUGGCGGCCGCCUGAUGCGGAGGUCCCGCACUGCGGCGCCCAGUGGCUCAAAUGAGCCCGCUCUGUUGCUGGUGCGUGAGAGGCUGGGCGUGGGGGCCAUGGGCCCUGAGGGCGAGGGCCUGGGCCUGCUCCAGGAGGCCGCGUCGGUCCCAGAGCCUGAGGUGCCAGCAGACCAGGCUGAGAUGACCAGGGAGCCUGCAGAAGAGUCCGCAGAGGAGGCCGCAGAGGAGGAGCUUGCAGAGGAGGCCGCAGAGGAACCGGCCACAGAGGAACCGGCUGCAGAGGAGGAGGCCGCAGAGGAACCGGCCGCAGAGGAGGCUGCUGCUCCCGAGGAAGUCACUAAAUAUCAGCAUGAAAAGUGGGAUGAAAAGGCCCAAGAUUCUGCAGGCGAGGAAGAGAAAGAACAAGAAAAAGAGAAGGAUGAGAAAAACAAGGUGAAGACCUCCAAAGGGACCUAG